AUGGAUUUCAUCAGCCUCUUAAAUCUUAUCACAGUUCGAGACCCAGAACCAGGCGAAAGUCGCAUGGCUUUUCAUUUCGCCCGCAAGUCAGAGAGUUCGACCCAGGAACCAAGAUUCGACGACGUCAUGCGAGCCUACAACCUGGAGGUCACCCAGAUCACCUACACUGAAUUUGAAGACAUGCUCACGCUGUACGUGUUUGCGGCUGGAUUUGAUUGGACAGCGCACAAGGAAGAGACGAUGAAGAUUUGCGAGGAAAGAGAGAUUGACACAGACUGGCGGCUUAUGCGGAUGGUGAUGUCUACCUGUGUUGACAACAAGGAAUGA